AUCAGCCCUCCUUACCCAGUUCCUAGUCUAGGAAAUCAAGGAGCUUACCUUGCAGUUUACUGCGAUAUGACCACAGAUGGUGGUGGUUGGACUUUGAUGUCGAGUGCCAACGGCAAUGAAAUGGCUAACAGAUCUUACGCAGACUAUGUAACUGGAGUGAGGCUAGCAGAACACUACACUUGGCUUGGUCUCGAUCUCAUCAAUGGAAUGACAACUUAUGAAGACACAAGGCACUUUUAA